CUUCUCUGUAGAAAAAGAGGGUGAAAGUAUAAAAUGGCUGUUCAACAAUUACAUGAGAACUUCUGAAAUAUGAUUGGAUUCAUGACGCUGAGAGAGAGACUGCUAGCAUUAACUCUAAUGGCCAAGUCUGGAGAUCAGGCGGUCUUCUGAAGAAGUCAUGGGUAGCUCUUGUAGCUGUCCAGAUAAAGACACUGUCCCAGAUGACCAUCUAGCAAAAUUUAAGGUGAUUAACGUGGAUGAUGAUGGUAAUGAGCUGGGUUCUGGUAUAAUGGAACUUACAGAUACAGAAUUGAUUUUACAUACACGGAAGAGAGAUCCUGUGAAAUGGCCCUACCUCUGCCUGCGUCGUUAUGGCUAUGAUUCUAACCUCUUCUCUUUUGAAAGUGGCCGAAGAUGUCAAACUGGGCAAGGCAUCUUUGCUUUCAAAUGUCCACGAGCAGAAGAGAUUUUCAACUUGCUGCAGGAUAUCAUGCAGUCAAACAGUAUAAGUGUUGUGGAAGAGCCAGUUGUGGAAAGAAAUGAACCACAAAAUGAAUUAGAUAUUCCGAGAACUCCACGGACACCUACCACUCCAGGUUUUGUUCAACCAAGUUUACCGAACGGAUAUCCUCGGUAUCCAUCAUUUGGAGAUGGAUCUUCUCACCCUUCAACACGACAUCCAUCUGUAGGUAGUGCACGAUUGCCCUCAUUGGACGAGGAGUCAACUCACCCUCUGAUACUUACAGAGGAACAGGUCCAUACAUAUGUCAAUACCUCUGGUGUACAUGAAGAACUAAAGAACAGAUCCACUGUGCAAACAUCAGUGGAACUCCAGCCCUUAAAUGGUGAUGUCAACAGAGAACUAGGAGAUCAUUGCUGUUCAGCGGAAGAGAGAAACCCACAAGUUGUCUUUGAACCUGAAGGUGUUAAGUUUGUUUUGGGACCAACUCCUGUACAAAUGCAACAAAUGGAAAAGGAGAGACAGGAAGCCCUUGGAAAUGAACAGACAAAUGGCAGUGGCACUAAUUGUACUGAUUGGGACACUGGUUAUGACAGUGAUGAGCGCAAAGAAGCACCGUCUACUAAUAAACUAGUGUUUGAAAAUCUUAAUGGUCUGUCAAUCCCCAAUGCCUCAGGAGGCAGACGGAGUAGACUAAUGUCAAAUAAUGGUACAGAUGCUCAGAAUAUAAACAAUUCUGCUCAGAGAAGGACUGCACUCUUGAAUUAUGAAAACUUGCCUUCGUUGCCUCCAGUGUGGGAAGUACGCAAACUAAGCAGAGAUGAAGAAGAUAGUUUGGGACCAAAGACACCUUCUCAAAACGGUUACCACACUAAUCUUGAUCAAAUGCACAACUAUGUCAAUACAGAGAAUGUAACUGUUCAGCCUAACAUACACAAGGUUGAUUUUUUACGACAACUGGAUUGUUCCCCAAGUGUUUUUAAUUUUGAUAUAAGACGACCAAGUCUUGAACAUAGGCAGCUGAACUACAUUCAAGUUGACUUGGAAGGUGGUAGUGAUUCGGAUAAUCCACAGACUCCAAAAACACCCACUACUCCACUUCCACAGACUCCGACCAGGCGAACGGAAUUAUAUGCUAUGAUAGACAUAGAAAAGACUGCUGCUAUGUCAAACUUACAGAAAGCACUGCCAAGAGAUGAUGGAACAGCAAGAAAAACAAGACAUAAUAGUACUGACCUGCCAAUGUGAGCCUAGGAAGCACUAUUUUGUUUAGUUGCACCUUUGUUAAAUAAAGAGACAGACUGAGUUCUCUUUUCUAAAAUCUAACAAGUUAAUAGAUUGAAUUAAGGAAAAGUUAUAGGAAUAUGUUGAGCCUUACAUGCUAUACCUGUUUAAAGGGAAUUCAUGCAGAGCAGGAACUCCAUAAGAACACCCUUUUUGUCUGGGUUUUAGAACCUGAUAACUUUUACGGUACUAAUUCCUUUCACCUGUAUUGGAAUGAAAUGCCGCUCCCAUGAAUAUGACAUGAAUGCAAAUAUUUAGAUCUACUACUUUGUGGGCUUUUCCAGUAAUCUUACAGAUCUUUAUAUGGUAUGUAUAUUCUUUGCAGGCAAAUGGCAUACCUUACUAAAUUUAUUUUCUGCAGUUUCUAUUAAGAUUGGUAUGUGUUUCAUUAGCCCUAACUGAUGCUGGUAUACAACUUGACUUUGCCACCAGAAUCCAUGUAUAAAUGUGCAUUAAUCACUUCAACCAGGCAGUAGUGUAACAUUGCUGAGGAUGUAUCAUGCAGUAUAUCCUUAGUUUCAAAGGAUUGUUUUGAACAAGAUUUAAACAUCAUGUUUGUGCCUUGCAGCCAUCAUGUUCAAAAUACUUCGCUAUCAAUGUUUCUACCUUUGCUUAGAAUAGCUCAUUUUCUUUUACCAGUUUCAUUCAGGUCUAAUUUGUUAAAUAGAAUCACAUUCUGAAAAUGGAGUUGCCCUUUUGUCUAACUGAAAAUUAGAAUACUUUUGAUAUGAUUAGUAAUUGGUCAUAUUAAACCUUCAGUCAGUGUUGGUGCCAUUUCAUAAUUGCAAAGAAGAAACAGGGAACUUAAAUUCCUCGACUAUAAAGUACACUAAAGGAUGAAAACUUACAUUUAAUAUUGCUUGGCUAUUUUUGUAUUGUACAAUACUGUAAAAUUUUCUAACAAGCAUUAUAAAAUGAUAGUCUUGCAUAAAUGUAGUGAUUGUAUAAAAGUAGUAAAAUAGUUUAAAAUUAUUUUUACAUAGGACACAAAAAAUAGUACAAGCUCAGAGUGGCGCACAUCAAUACUUAACUUUGUUGUACAUUUUUCUAUAUGUAUUUUACCCCCUUUGGUGUUUGAGUUGCAAACAUUCCAUGUUUUCUUGCAUUGCUCUUUGUCAUAAUCGAGUAUGAAAUAUACUCCAAACAAAAAUUAGUUAGAAGUUACCAUUUUAUAUUAUUUGAAUUUCAGGUACUGAUUUGCCAAAAUUGUUGGUUUUAAGGAAUACCCAUAUAUUUUGUGCCUGAGGUUGUCAAAUGUCAGAAGUGCCAAUAUUGUAAAACAUUUUGUAGCAUAAGAAUGAUGAUUUUACAAACAGUUAUAAUUGCAACACAUUACCUGGUUUACAAGAGUCCUCUAGUUUUGAAGUAAAACCAAAUUUUUUAAAACAAAUCAUUGUUUGUGUAUUUGGCAGCUGCCUAGAGCUUCAGUGUUUAACAGCUCUUGGAGGUUCCCUGUGGAAUAAGCUGCAUCAUUCAAAACGAGCAUUGUACUUAACAGUGUAUGAUUAAUAAACCUUUUUUUGUGCUGAAUAAUAA